AUGUCCGAACGCAGGGUAUGCAGCGCUCUGCCGUGCACGCUCGCCAGUAAAGCAGCGUCAAACUGCGUGGAACGCCGACUAGCGCCGCUGGACACCGAUGAAAGAGAAACCACGCUAACAGGGAUAGUUUCUCAAAGAGAUGAGUGUGGACGUACCCUGUUACACUGGAUUGCAGGCUUCGAAAACGCGGACCUCGCCUUCGAAGGCGUGCAGCAGCUGCUCGCCGCGAACCGUUGCCCUAGCAACUUCUUGAGGGAGCGCGACUGGGAGAGCGGUUGGUCGGCAGCACACCGAGCAGUAUACACUGGCAACUUGAGAGCGUUCAUCGAGCUUAUUUUGAAAGACCACGAGGUGCUCCUCAGCCGAGACCACGAAAACUUGUCACCCCUGGACCUGUACUACUUGCGCUACGUCGCGCCCCUCAACCGACCUCCGAGAGCGACUUGCUCGAUUCGAGAGGUUUGGGCCUGGGGUGAAAACGCUGACUUCCAGCUGGGCCUACCGCACUCCACGCGGUCUGCGGAUGCGAAACCAAGACGGCUUGGCAGAAAUGGUGGCACUAGUUGGCCAUCAGAGGGUCGCAAAGCUAUGUCCGGCUCUGCCGCUUUUGAUGCUGACGUCAUUCAGAUUGCUACCGCUGAACAACACACCAUCUUUCUGACGCGCGACCGACGCGUAUACGUGGCGGGCUUCGGAGCGAACGGCAGGCUAGGUCUCGGGCGUCCAUACAGCAGGACGGGCUCGUCGAGCAGUGAGUCAGCAUUCGGGACGAAUCGAUCCCCGUUUUCAUGCCUGCAACCCGUGCGGCUAUCACCUCCUGAAUGGGAACUCAGACCCAUUGUGUACGUUGCUGCUGGUGGCAAACAGUCCGCAGCCAUCACCGCCUGCGGUAUGCUCUGCGUCUGGGGUUCGGAUCUGUGGUCACCAACCUUCGUGACCAGCCUCAAACACGACCCCAUACGCAUCGUUGACUUGAGUGAAACACAUGCCUUGGCGCUUUCGCGGGAAAACAUUGUCUAUUGGGCGCCUGCAGAUGCACCCUGCAAAUACCGGGCUAUCAUGCACGGUGCACUGGGCGAGCGAAAGACACGCGCCAUUGCCGCUGGUGACGGUUUCCGUUGUGCUGCGCUCAUUCGUACUGAUCACCAUGACGAGGUGUUGGUCUGGAUAGCGGGUAGCGCGGACCUGCGGCGGGUUCGUUUCCCGGGCCUCACAGCGUCGAUGAGCGCGCACGUCGACGAACUGGAUCACGCCCCAGGUGCAAGGCUGUCGCUGGCGAGUCGCGUACGCCCCCGAGGUGCUGUUCCUUGUCGUCGUUUCGCGCAAAUAUCGGCAGCUGGUAGUUUUGUAUUGAUACUGGGAGAGGCUGGCGAUCCUUUUCUGCUGCGCCUGGACAGCGACACGUACGCUCGGCGGGAUCGAGCGCCAGCUCCUGCUGCCGAUCGACAGGAUCACCCAGAGAUGAAAGGGCUAUGGGCGCAACCGCUGCAGACCAGUGGACGUAUGUCCUAUCGGUUUCAGCGCAUCUGUUGUACUGCGACUGUUUGCUAUGCGUUGGAUGAAAUGGGCUGUCUCUGGCAGUGGAGUACUGAAGAUGCCUUUACCAAGCGUCGUCGUGGCAAACGGGUACCCUAUCUGCGAGGUGCUAUCGAAGUUGCCGCCUCUGCGCAGCAUGCGUUUGCGAUUGUCGAAGCCCGGUGGACGCAAGCGCAAACUUCAAUGGCUGCCUGCUCGCUCGAGUGGGGUUCUUGUGAUUUUCGAAUGCAGCAGGCGGCGACAACGACAACGACAACGACUCCUCUGCCGUGCUCGUUAUCUCAUAUGUGCGAGGAGGCGGUCCUUGCACGUCUGACAUUUGACACAGUUUGGCAUCUGCUGGAAGCGUCCGCGUACGCAAACACACCGUGCAUUCGCGAAUCCUGCUCGCGCUUUUUGCUGGGCAAUUUGGAUAUCUUUUUGGCGUCCACGACGGAACGUGGACUUGACCUCGAGUUUUUUCCUAUGGCACUUGCGUUUCUCGAGCAGGAUCUGAAGCGGAUGCUAGCCAACACCAAUGAGCGAUCUCGCAUGCUGCAGCAAACGGAGCACUGGGGCACGGUUUCGCGGGCUGAGCAACAAUCGCACCGGGCGGCUGCGAUGCAAUCCUUCCGUGAAUUAUGUGCUCGGUAUGGUCUAUCGGUAUGCUCCUUAACGCGUUUCGAAAAGAGCGCUUCAACACGUGAAGAUGUGAUGCGCAGUGCGCGAGAUUUUCCCUCACCGGGCCUGGGGGAUCGCGCCUUGUCAGACGUAGCUCUCUUAAGGAACGGGCGUUCCCUCGUUAUGCAGGAAACUCGCGAACAUCUCGAAGAAGCCCCAGAGCGAUCAAAAGCAGAAGCACAACCAUUUUCGCGAACGCGCCCGGUACGAUCGGGAAAGUCCGCGUCUACAUCCAGCGAAACGACAUCGCGCGAAACGCCCGCUGGACUGGUGCAUGUAGCGGCGAACGAUGCCGUAACCCACAAUGACGGGCACGCUGGCUCCUAUACAACUGUUCUUUUGCUCCCAGGAGACGCCGGCGCUCGCGUAAUGGAAGACGCUUCUGAACACACCGGUGCGGGGCGCAUGACGAGCGGCCGCUCCGCUCCCCAGCAUAUCGCACGACGUGAAUCGUACAUACGAACGAAAAGCGACCGGUCUUGGCACCAAGAAACAUGUUGCGAGGCGGGUUCGUUUUUUUCCGGAAAGAGUCACUCAACUUCAUCGGUCGAAGGCGCUUCAGUGGAUCGCGCUUCACCGUCUAGCAGUGCGAAAGCCCGCUCAGCUGGCCAGAGCUUUCGAGAGCUCCUUCAGCAAGAGGCAGCGGACACGCAAAGAGCCACGCAGCUUGUCAGCAUCGCGGGCACGCCCGAAAAUCCCGCAACUUGCACACAACGAAUCGCUAAGCACCCGGCUGGUGCCGGGCGACAGCAGAGGCGUGCUCCGCGCGACGCCGUGUUACCGGAGCAGCAGCAGCAGCAGCAGCAGCAGGCGGGUUCUUUGCCCUCGCUCUUGAUUUCGGACACGUUGGCUGCAGCGUUGGGUUCAGCGGCAUCCUCCAUGCGUGCCCGCUCUUGGGGACAGGAGGCGGGAUCAGGACCCUCUGUCUCACAGCCUUGUUCAUUUCGCAAACUCUUAGAGGAAACCCAGAAUGCAGAUCGUUCUUGUGCAUGCGCUGUGCGUCGAAACCAGCUAUCACCGUUGUGGGAUCGACGCUACGUUUCAGGUCAGGCAAGGGCCUCCAUCAGUGAAAUUGAGCAUGAAGAGCUACAAAAGGCUGCAGAACAGGCAGAAGCGACCUGGCUUGCGGAGCAAAUGGCGAUUAUUGAGGCUAUGGAGGCAGCGCAAGGUCGAAACGGGCGACGUUCGCACAGCCGUCGCCAGCCGUCGAUAUCUAGACGCGCCUGUAUGGAGCCCGUCACUUCGCAGCCACGUUGUACAGGGCGCACGACGCCACAUUCGUCGUCAACAUGA